AUGUCCAGAGAAGAGAAACUACGAAAGAAAAAGAGAAGCGUUAAUAAAAUCGCUGAAACAGUAACACUUGACAAUGGAGAUGUAUCUGACGAUGACGUCAUUGAAGUAGUUAUCGACGACACGCCUAUCGAAAUACUAUCAGAUGAAGAAGAAAUGCAAUUGGAGAAAACAAGAGCAUCGGUCAUAGAACAGAGUUUUGAAUUUACAACACCUCAAACGCCGGAAACAAGCUUCAACGAACGAAAGGACACAAUAGACCCACUGACAAGUUUUGCACCAAUUGGUGACAACCAAUCUAUACUGGAGACACAUAUUACCAGUACCAUGUCGAUAAAUGAAACUUUUAAGGAAUCGACAACCACAGAAGUAGAAGUGAAUGUUGAUAAGAUUGAGACACCUGAGGUAAAAAAUAGUGACGACCCUAAAUAUGAUAAUGAAGACAAUUCUGUACUGAGUGAGGUAGAAAAGCUUAAUGUUCCAUGUCAAAGUAAUGAACCCGGUACUGUAAUCACGGAACCAGUUAUUAAUUAGCACAUGUAUUUAUCGGUCCUCAAUAUAAUCAAUUAUCUUGGAACACUAAGCUGUUUCCCAGUUUCGUUAAGGUAGUUUUUAUUUUAACUGUAUUAUGAAUUAAAUGAAAUCAUUUUAAUUAAA